AGAUGCAGCUGUGAAUAUGUUGUUGUCAGGUCGGCUUAUGUUAGGAGAGAGCAAGUUCAUGUAUCAAAGCCAUAGUAUGGUUACACGGAGAUGAGAAGAGGGGGUCUGUCGGCGGGGGUGAACGCUGAAUAACGGAUGGAUCCACCUAAAAUCGUCAUCACUACAGAGAGACUCAACGGGGGCUCCCUCAUACGCAAAACCUCCAUCCGAAGAAGAGUGUCAUUAAAAGAGGACAGGCGCCAGGAUAACUAUGGCAAUCUGACAGGAACUUACGCCCGCAUCAAAAACACCAUGCUGCUGGACCGCGGGGUCCAAAAUAAUUUGGAGUCCCUGCAGGAGCGAUGGAGAAUGAUUAUGUUCAUGUACGAUGACUGCGUGGAGAUGGUCAAAACUAGACAGCAAAACCGGCUCUGCAGACGACAGCUGAAACAGAAGUGUGAACUCAUCGCAAUGGCCAUCGUUUACUCUACCCUGGCCAUACCAGUGUUCAUGGCAGUACUUUUGGCCUAUGUUAUUUUCCUUUGACCAUGCAGUUUCAUUCUCGAGGAUUAUAUAGCCAUUCCAGGAGGUUUAUUCAGUUCAACCAGAACAUAUGUGGUGAUUUGAUUCGUAUAAUAUACGUGAAUGUAAAUGUACUAAACAUUUUGGAGCAUCACUUGUCCGUAGUAUAAUUGAGUAUGUUUAAGAAUAUGUGCACUGUCACUAAAACACACCUGUUGUUAUGAAAUAUAUAUUUGCUUUUUAUGAA